AUGCGCACGCCGGUGGUGAUGACGCUGGGCAUGGUGCUGGCGCCCUGCGCGCUGCUGCUCAACCUGACCAGCACGCUGGCACCCGGCUGGCGGCUGGUGAAGGGCUUCCUGGACGAGCCGGUGGACGUGGUGCAGUUCCAGGGCCUGUGGGACUUGUGCCGCGAGCAGAGCAGCCGCGAGCGCGAGUGCGGCCAGCCCGACGAGUUGGGCUACUUCGCCGCCCAGCCGGUGCUCGUGGCCCGGGGUCUCAUGGUCACAUCGCUGGCCACCACGGCCCUGGGGCUGCUGCUGGCCACGCUGGGCGUGCGGUGCUGGCGGGACGAGCCCCACUUCGUGCUGGCCGGCCUCUCGGGCAUCGUAUUCUUCGCCGCCGGCCUCUUCAGCCUCAUCCCUGUCUCCUGGUACAACCACUUCUUGGCGGAUCGCGCCGUCCUGCCCGCCCCGGCCAGCCCGGUCACGGUGCAGGUCAGCUACAGCCUGGUGCUGGGAUACCUGGGCAGCUGCCUGCUGCUGCUGGGGGGCUUCUCGCUGGCGCUCAGCUUGGCGCCCUGGUGCGAGGAGCGCUGCCAGGGCUGCCGCAAGGCGCCCCCCGCCGGCCCGCGCCGCAGCAGCAUCAGCACCGUCUACGUGGACUGGCCAGAGCCCGCGCUCACGCCCGCCAUCAAGUACUACAGCGAAGGCCAGCACCGGCCGCCGCCGGCCGCCCAGCAGCAGCACGGCGCGGCGGCCAAGCCCAGGGUCGGCUUCCCCAUGCCGAAGCCGCGGCUGCAGACCUGCUACACCAACCCGGUGGACGUGCUGGACGGCGAGAGCCACAAGGCAGCCGACUCCCAGGGCGCCUCGUCGCGCAGCACCCGGCCCUGCCACAGCUCGCUGCCCUGUGACUCCGACCUGUAG